UCGGGACCUCUCUUUCUCUCUCCCCUUUGCCACGUGUCACCUCUAUAAAUUAUCUUCACAACUGAAAAUUUUUAUUUUUCGCUCUCUCUCUAAACUCGAAUUAUCAAAACAAUUUUUUUGAGGUCGCGGUUUCACGAUGAGUGGUGGUACGAAUCAGUUGAUAUCUGUUAAUCCUCCGGAACUCAGGUUCCAAUUUGAGUUGGAUAAACAAAGCUACUGUGAUCUUAAAGUCACAAACAGCACAGAUCAAUGUGUUGCUUUUAAGGUGAAAACUACUUCUCCAAAGAAGUACUUUGUCCGACCAAACACUGGUAUUAUACAGCCCUGGGAUUCAGGUUUCAUUCGAGUCACCCUUCAAGCUCAAAAGGAGUACCCGCCAGAUAUGCAAUGCAAGGACAAAUUCCUCCUGCAGAGCACAAUUGUGAAUAAUGAUGUUGAUGAACUUCCUCCAGAUACUUUUAAUAAGGAUGGGGGAAGAACCGUAGAAGAGUGCAAACUUAGGGUUGUUUACAUAUCUCCAAAUUCAUCUCCUGGACAUUCUGAAGAUGUGUUUAAACAAAGCUCUGAUUUCACCUCUCCAGAGACUGCUCGUUUUUGUGAUAUGAGUUGUGCUUAUGGUUGGAUGUUAGUGUCUCACUUUCUUCAAUUGAUGGUGGCAGUGAGGCAGUGAUAAGAUGUUCUUAAGUAGUUAAGUUAUUUCUUGAUGGGAAUUUAAGGAAUAAUACUAAUGAAAAGCAAAGAGAGCAGUGAGAAGAAACUAGAAUAAGGUCCUUGCUGUAAGAGUAUGAUGGGGGUUACAGUUUUGGAAGAGCAGAUAUGUACCACGUGACAUGAUUUAAAGGAACAUACACAAACUCAAUGCUUCAUCCACUGGGGGAAAUUGUCCUGAAUCAUGCCUAUUUUUUGCUCAUAAUAAUUCCUAAGGGACAUUUCUAACACAAGAAAAAGAUAUCUAAGAUGAUUUCUGUUUUCUCCUUAGGUUUAGGUGUUUAAUUCUAUUAUACCCUCACACGAUAAGAAUAAGAAUCGAAAGAGAACUUUGUCACAAAACGCGUAGUGAAGAUAGAGUAGUGUAUUAUGAAUUGUCUAAUAGGAUGUCAAGGGCUUCUAAAGAAUAUGGAUGUUAAACUUCCUGUAAGGUUGUGUUCCUUGUUCCUGAGGGGCCAAUUAUGAGCAAUUC